GAGAAGACAGAGAGGAGGGAAUAUGAGGUAGACAGGACUUUACACAGGAAUCAUGGAGGCGCCGCUCCGUCGGGACACCUUACCUGAGAACUGGUCUUCUGGGGUGUGCAGAGACGGCAGGGUCUUUUUCAUCGACGAUAAGACGAGCACCACUACUUGGCUUCAUCCCCGUACCUGUGAACCUGUCAAUUCUGGACACAUGAUUCGGUCUGAUCUACCGACAGGCUGGGAGGAAGGAUUUACGAAAGAAGGAGCGAGUUUCUUUAUUGACCAUAACCAGAGGACGACAACAUUCAAACAUCCAGUGACAGGCCAGAUCUCCUCUGAGAACACUGAAUUCAGACUUCUGGACCAGACGGGCAUUCGCAUGCUGAAGCAGCCGCAGACGGCCGUACGGCCUUCCAGCACCGUCAGUGAAGCCUCAACCACUGUCACCUCCUCCACUGUGGACACUACUUCGGGCUCAAAGGGAUCUAGGUCCAGUGGAAGGGUCCAUAGCUUUGGCAAACGGGACAAUGCCAUUAAAAGAAAUCCCAGUGUUCCUGUGGUGGUUCGUGGAUGGCUUUACAAACAGGACAGCACAGGGAUGCGGUUGUGGAAGAGAAAAUGGUUUGUUCUGGCUGACUAUUGCCUCUUCUACUACAAAGACAGCCGUGAAGAGUCAGUGCUGGGUAGCAUCCCUCUGCCUAGUUACACUAUCUCUCCUGUGGGACCUGAAGAUCACAUAAGCCGCAAAUAUGCCUUCAAGGCUACACACACAGGGAUACGCUCUUACAUUUACAAACAGAGCUCUGUGAUUGGCUCGCAGGCAGAGCACACUGGGAUGAGGACAUACUAUUUCAGUGCGGACACACAGGAGGACAUGAACGGCUGGGUCAGGGCCAUGAACCAGGCUGCACUCAUGCAGACCAAUACAGUAAAGAGAGAGGAGCUGGAUCAACCAGAUCAAGUGGAUUUUUGUGAAAAACACAAGCAGCAGGCUGUUCCUCAGACCAAUCACAUCAACAGCUUUGUGAUCCCUGAACCUGAGGUCAUCCAGAGUGACGGGCUGCUCGAGGAGAAGCAGGACAGGUUUGUGGGAGAGGUGGAGAUCCAGGUUACCCCGAGAGAGAUGGAGCUGAUGAGGGGUAAAUCUCCAACUAGCAGGACGGUGGAGGUUGAGAUUGUAGCUCCAGGAUCAGCACCAGUGUCUCAAGUCCCUUCUCGAGCUCCUUCCAGGGCUGUCUCCACCCCUCCGGUAGUGCCGAGGAAUGGAGCACCCUUGGAACAGAAUGGAACAGGCAUGGUUGGGUAUCAGAGGGGGUCAACGCCUUCUUCUCAAACUCCAGUACAGGUGCAGAGGAGGAGUGCUUUGGAACAGGUGGAGAAUUGGGUCAAAGUGCAGAAAGAAGAGCACCGGGGAUUUGUUUCUACUGAUGGCACUAUCCCACGUCGGACCCCUCCCAUUCAUCCAAAGUACGGCACAAUGGAGAAGUACCAAUCUUUACCUAAGACCUCACGGCUCAGCCCACCUACCGUCCAGCGUCAGGUGCCCAGUGAAUACAAAUACUCUCAUGACCGGCUUCAUCACUUCCAGCUGACCCUUGGCCACAGCCGCCGACUCCCGACGCAAGACAACACAGUGUGGCAGCUCUAUGAAUGGCAACAGAGACAGCAAUAUCGCCACGGCAGCCCCACCGCCCCCAUAUACACCCCAGCUCCAGACUACUCCACUGCUGUAUCCUCCACUAGGGUCAACUCCGAUGUUUCUCGCUCCAUCUCUGUGCCUCCGAUGCUGGCAGACAUCCCUCCACCUGGGCCUCCUGGGCCCAGGCUGCUGUCUCCUCGGAGACCCCACACACCUGCAGAACGUGUUACAGUCAAACCUCUGGAGGACAGGCCCACUGUGGAGGUGCCACCGUCAAACCGUCCUCACCGUACACACUCAUAUAAGUCUGCCACAAUAGAGAGACGCUCAGUGCCUCCAUCUGGCUACAUCACACACACAGUCAGUGCACCUAGCCUUCAUGGAAAAACACCGGAGGAGCUUACCCUUCUCCUCAUCCAGUUACGGAGACACCAGGCCAUGAUGGCGGGUGUGCGCAACAAUGCACUGGCCCACCUCCAGCAGUUGUCUCGGGUGAAGGCUGAUGAUACAUACAUGCAUUUGAAGAAGGACCUGGAAUAUUUAGAUCUAAAGAUGAAAAGUUUAGAGCCAUUGAUCCUCAUGGUUCACAGUGUGUUACAAACCUGCACUGCGGAGGGUUUGAGACCACUCUGGAACGUGAGUGGGACAGAGACUCUGAAAGGACGGCCAGCCAAACCAGUGAAGGUGGCAGAAAGUGACAUUGAUGUGACACUGAGCCGACUGUGCGAACAGGACAAAACCUUGCAAGAGCUUGAGUUCAGGCUCAGUGGGCUGAAGGAUGAUAAGGACAAGCUGGAGUCCGUUCUGGAUGUGUCUCACCAGCAGAUGGAGCAGUACCAGGAUCAGCCAGCUCAUGCUGAGAAGAUCGCCUACCAACAGCGUCUCCUACAGGAGGACCUGGUCCAUAUUCGAGCAGACAUGUCUAGAGUGUCAACGGAGAUGGAGAGAGCAUGGGAUGAGUACAGCAGACUUGAGCGGUCAGUGGAACAGCUGAGAGACGUCCUGCAGUCUCAGAUGAAUCUCUGCACAUCACCUCAGGAGAAGGCUCUGUUGAGGAGGGAGCUCUGGAGGAUAGAGGAUGUGAUGACUGGACUCAGUUCCACCAAAGAAACUUUUAAAAUCACCAUAGACUCAGUGAAAGACCCAGAGAGAAAACUUGUGCCUUCAGUGACAGAGUCAACAGUGCCUUCUCGGUGCAUGACCCCAUCAGCUGGUGAGACGCGGUCACCCAUACGCAGUCUUACCUCCAGUCCGUUAUCACUGCCCCCGGACAACGAAGCUACCCUGCAGCAUCCUCAAGCUGUGCCAAAAUGGAAAGAGGAUCAUGCUCCUCCCAGACCGCCCUUGCCCCUCCUCUAUGAUGAGGACACACCCCCUGUUGUCCCUCCCCUUCCUAAAGAAACAUCGGUGAUCAGACACACGUCUGUUCGUGGCCUUAAGCGACAAUCUGAUGAGAGGAAACGUGACAGGGAGAGCAACUACAUUAACGGAGAUUGCAGGAUGGAACUACGGUCCUUCCUAAGUGAACCAGAGCUUCCUGGAAGUGAUUGUGGAUCAGAUCAGGUGGACCCAGGCUACCUGACCCUCCAAAGAAGAGGUCUGUCAGGCUCCUUGUCCAGGAUAAAUCAGUCCAGCAGUGUGGCCUCCUGCUCACUGAGGAGAGGAGAUUCAGCAUUACACACAAUGGAGAGACCAAAGAGUGCCUUGGAGCGGCUGUACUCAGGAGAGCCUCAGCCUGAUCAUCAGCCAACGCAGAGAGGGAGGAUGAGUGUGGAGGAGCAGCUGGAGAGGAUGAAACGGCACCAGAAAGCUUUAGUGCGCGAGCGCAAACGUAACUUGAGUCAGGGUGAGCGACAGUCCAUCGGCUCCUGCGCCUCCACUCGACCGGUCAACUCUGACCCAGGAUUAGGCUGGGAGAAAGACAUUACUUUACAGCAAUCAGAACAUACAAUGCAGAAGAAAAAACGUCAGCAGCCUGCAUCAGAUGAAUGGAUUGCGGUUCAGGCCAGGCCAAUGAAUGAACUGGACUUUGAGUUUGAUCUUACCCAAGAGCUCUCAAUGCCCCAGAAAGUGCCCAUCCCAAAGAGACUACUGGACAUGGAAUCAGAUGAAGACCUAAGUCCAGAGGAGGAGGAGGCUCGCUCUCGAAAUGUAGCAAAGAUAAAAAGCCUUUUGUCCCGGCCAAGGCCAUGUCUGAAGACUAAAACUUGUUGAGAAGCUAUCUUGGGUACCCAAAUAUCAUUUAUAUAUAUAUAUAUAUAUAUAUAUAUAUUUAUAAUUCAUAUUUAAUCUUUAAGGUACUCUGAUGUUCAAAACUUUUUAUAUACUGUACAAGUUUUAACUCAUUCUACUGUUGCACUUUGCCAACUACAUUUCCAAUUUAAACAUUACAUAAAAAGGCUCUUUUUAAAAAAUGGUUUGCAAAUUAUGCAUGCUGUUAUUUUUAUAAAAAUCAAGUAAUCAUGCCUUAAGGUACUUUUCUGUUUGCAGUGUUGUGUAUUGUAACGUGAUUGUUUAAACUGAUAAAAAAAAUUCUAAAUGUAAAAAAAAAAACAUUUUUUGUUUCCAUUCACCAAAACUCAAUAAAUCAGCCGUCUAUGUGUUAUUAGUUUCACAUUCAAAUUCUAAUUCUUAUACUCCAUGCCAUACAAUAAUUGUGGAUCUCAACCUCAAAAACACUGUUUGUGUGUCACAAGUUUAUUACAGAUGAAGGCAUUGCAUGUCCUUUUUAAAAUGUCAUCUUAUUCAAAACUUAAUAACAGCCUUGUUAAAGGUGCUGUAAGCGAUUUCAGCAUUCUGAAGCUUUCACUUGACUGAGCCGUUGAAUUAGCCACGCCCCUCAUCCAAAACCCCGCCCUCCAAAGAUAAUUAUGAGACCAAAACUGAGCAAAAGAGCAGCAUUGUUUGUUCCCAUGGCUGUCAAA